UAUUGUCAUUGCCGUUAUAAUUUGUUAUUUAUUUACUCGUAAUUCAUUCGUCUCUUUUCUCUUUUUUUUUUUGUUUUCCCUUUGCAGUGACAUUUCCUUCAUAUUGCCAUGGUGGCGCCAAGUCCUGUGGAGUAUCCUUUACGGUGUUAUGGUCAUUGUGGCGACCGGUGGCAACUUAAUUGUUGUAUGGAUUGUCAUAACAACAAAACGGAUGAGAACUGUCACAAAUUACUUUAUAGUAAAUUUAUCAAUAGCUGAUGCGAUGGUGUCGAGCCUUAAUGUCACGUUCAGCUAUAUUUACAUGCUGGACAAUAAUUGGGCUUUCGGACAGCUCUACUGUAAAAUAUCCCAAUUUAUUGCAACGCUCAGUAUAAGUGCAUCGGUAUUCACUCUGAUGGCGAUAUCAAUCGAUAGGUAUGUGGCCAUAAUGAAGCCUUUGAAACCACGUAUGAGCAAACGCAGUAAUUUGGGCAUUGCCGCCGUUAUCUGGAUUGCCUCGGCCAUCAUAUCGUGUCCGAUGCUGUUGUUCUACACCACCGAGGAUAUAUCCAGCAAGGAUGGCAUACGGACGGUUUGUUUUCCUGAAUGGCCAGAUGGUACAAUGAAUCAUUCCAAUCAGGAGUAUAUCUACAAUAUUUUAUUUAUGAUACUCACAUAUUUUCUACCCGUCAUAUCAAUGACCGCUACCUACUCACGUGUCGGCUUGGAGUUAUGGGGUUCCAAGGCCAUUGGUGAAUAUACACCGCGCCAGGUGGAGAAUGUCAAAAGUAAACGUCGUGUGGUUAAAAUGAUGAUGGUUGUGGUUUUAAUAUUUGUCGUCUGCUGGCUGCCGUUCCAUGCAUAUUUCAUUGUUACAUCCUGUUAUCCGGCCAUUACUGAGACACCCUUUAUACAGGAGGUAUACCUGUUCAUAUAUUGGCUGGCAAUGAGUAAUUCCAUGUACAAUCCGAUUAUAUACUGUUGGAUGAAUUCGCGAUUUCGUUUUGGCUUUAAAAUGUUUUUCCGCUGGUGUCCAUUUGUCCAUGUCGGUGCUGAGAGUCUAAAUCGUCGUGAUAACCUGACAUCACGCUAUUCAUGCUCCGGUUCACCUGAUCACAAUCGCAUCAAACGUAAUGAUACUCAACGUUCAUUCCUGUACACAUGUCCUGGUUCGCCAAAAAGUCGACGCAUAUCCCACAGUGGCAUCCUUCGCAGUUCAACCAUUUUAACAACGCAUCGUGAUAACAGUCGUCACUCGGCACCCAUAACAACUACAACAACAAUGAUUCCCAGCACUUGUAAUAUAAGUGGUGGUAAUUAUUCACAGCAGCUGCAUCAGCAUCAUCAUCAGCAGCACCAUCUACAUCAUCAUUCGCAUCCUCAUCACAAUUCCUAUCAUCAGCGUAACAGUGUGAAGUUGGCCAGUAAUUCACAUGAAUUGGCGGCGCUGACCGGUAAUGGACCCCUCCACUUGUACUCGGCCAAUUCAAAAGAAAAAUUGCUUAAAUCAAAUCUUAGAUCGAAUGGUGGCGGUGGUAAAUGGACAAUGGCAACAACAACAAUAGCCGCCAAUACGGGGACCACACCAACAAAUGAGAAUGUGGUGGGGCCGUGUCCGACAGCGUUUAAUGGUGUAAGUGAUACAAAUUAUUUGGCCAAUCGAACGGCUUUAAUGUCUUGA